ACCCUGGUCUACGGAGACGUUUGGUCCGCACCCGGCAGUACAAGAUGCGGUGUAAUAAAGUUUGUCUGAAGCGCAGAAAGAGAAAGGGUAAUUUUCUGGAGAGAGAGAGAGAUGGAGCAGCGGUUGUCGGAGCUAAGAGAGGCGGUGGAGAAGACGGAGGCAGUGGACGCCCACGCGCACAACAUUGUGGCUCUGGAUUCCGCCUUCCCCUUCCUCAGUUGCUUCUCCGAUGCCAGCGGCGAUGCCUUGUCCUCCGUACCCCACACCCUCUCCUUCAAGAGAAGUUUGAGGGAUAUUGCUGAACUUUAUGGCACUGAGGUAUCCUUGCAUGGGGUUCAAGAAUACCGUCGGAAGUCAGGAUUGGAAACUAUUAGCUCCAUUUGCUUCAGUGCAGCAAGAAUCUCUGCCAUACUCAUUGAUGAUGGGAUUGAGUUUGACAAGAAGCAUGAUAUUGAGUGUCAUAAGGGUUUUGUGCCAGCUGUUUGGAGAAUUUUGGGAAUUGAGCAUCUAGCUGAGAAGAUUAUAGAUGAGGAGAUGCCAGAUGGGUCUGCAUGGACACUGGAUAUGUUCACUGGACUCUUUGUUGAAAAAUUGAAGUCAGUUGCUGAUAAAAUUGUUGGUUUAAAAAGCAUAGCUUCUUACCGCAGUGGUCUUGACAUUAAUAUGAAUGUCACUACGAAGGAUGCUGAGGAAGGGCUUUUCCAAGAUUUACAUGACAAGGGUGGGAAGCCUGUCCGCAUCAAAAAUAAAAGUUUCAUCGACUAUAUUUUCCUACGUAGUUUGGAGGUUGCCUUGUGCUUUGACCUGCCAAUGCAGAUACACACAGGUUAUGGAGACACAGAUUUGGAUUUGAGGCUAUCCAAUCCCCUUCAUCUCCGAGCUCUUCUUGAGGACAAAAGAUUCUCUAAGUGUCGGAUAGUGCUUUUGCAUGCGUCCUACCCAUUUUUAAGGGAAGCAUCAUAUCUGGCGUCUGUUUAUCCACAAGUCUACCUUGACUUUGGGCUGGCAAUUCCAAAGCUUAGUGUCCAUGGGAUGUUAUCUUCAGUGAAAGAACUUUUAGAGUUAGCUCCAAUAAAGAAGGUGAUGUUCAGCUCUGAUGCCUAUGCAGCUCCAGAAACUUUCUACUUAGGUGCAAAGAGGGCACGUAACGUUGUCUUCUCUGUUCUACAUGAUGCAUGCAUUGAUGGUGAUCUUUCAAUCCCUGAAGCUGUGGGAGCAGCUAAAGACAUCUUUGCACAGAAUGCGAUUCACUUUUACAAGAUCAAUGUAGCCAGAGGAUCUUCAAAUUUGGAAAAUUAUAUGUCUGCCAAUUUGGUGAAGACAGACACUGAUGUUUCCCAACAUAAUGUUGCAUUUAUUCGUAUUAUCUGGGUUGAUGCGUCUGGACAGCACAGAUGCCGCGUUGUUCCGGAAAAGCGCUUCAAUGAUGUUGUCAAGAAGAAUGGUGUCGGUUUAACUGUUGCAUGUAUGGGAGUGACUUCAACUAGUGAUGGUCCGGCUGAUGGAACUAACCUGACUGGAGUGGGUGAGAUCAGACUGAUACCUGAUUUAUUAACCAAGUGGAGAAUUCCAUGGGUAAAACAAGAGGAAAUGGUUUUGGCUGACAUGCAUCUUAGGCCUGGCGAACCGUGGGAAUAUUGCCCGAGAGAGGCCUUACGAAGGGUUUCAAAAGUUCUGAAAGAUGAAUUUAACUUGGUAAUGAAUGCAGGCUUUGAAAAUGAGUUUUAUCUCUUGAAGUGUGUAUUAAGGGAAGGGAAAGAAGAGUGGGUACCAUUCGACUUGACACCGUACUGCUCUACUUCAGGAUAUGAUGCUGCUUCGUCUAUAUUACAUGAAAUUAUUGUUGAUCUUUGGUCCUUAAAGAUUCCAGUGGAACAGAUGCACCCAGAAGCUGGGAAAGGUCAGUUUGAAAUCGUACUGGGGCAUACAACUUCUACAUGUGCUGCUGACAACUUGAUUUUCACCCGCGAAGUUAUUAGGGCUGUUGCAAGGAAACAUGGGUUGUUGGCGACCUUUGCACCAAAGUAUGCAUUAGAUGACCUUGGUUCUGGAUCCCAUGUGCAUAUAAGUUUGUGGAAGGAUGGAGAAAAUGUUUUUAUGGCAUCAGAUGGAUCCUUUCAGCAUGGAAUGUCCAAGGUUGGAGAAGAAUUCAUGGCAGGGGUUUUAAACCAUCUUCCUUCAAUUUUGGCAUUCACAGCUCCAAUGCCAAAUAGCUAUGAUCGUAUUCAACCUGAUACAUGGAGUGGAGCAUAUCAAUGCUGGGGAAAAGAGAACCGAGAAGCUCCAUUAAGAAGUGCUUGCCCACCUGGGAUUGCAGAUGGUCUCGUGAGCAAUUUUGAGAUUAAAUCAUUUGAUGGGUGCACAAAUCCACACUUGGGCUUGGCUUCUAUCCUGGCUGCUGGUAUUGAUGGUCUUCGUAAACAUCUUGGUCUACCAGACCCCAUUGACGUAAACCCAUCUAGCCUCAAAGGGGAACUGCAGAGAUUGCCAAAAUCACUUUCUGAAUCUUUAGAAGCUCUUGAGAAGGAUGAUGUCUUGAAAGAUCUCCUUGGUGAAAAGCUUUUGGUGGCAGUAAAAGGAAUCCGUAAGGCGGAGAUUGACUAUUACUCACAGAAUAAGGAUGCAUACAAGAAACUUAUACAUCGCUACUAAGGUGACAAUCUUCAAAGCACAGUGAUGAUAACAAUAGUUACGCUGGCAUUGAUAAUUUUAUGAGAAAAACUGAAGAGUUUAUCAACCAAAAUAACAGCUGCAGCUGUGGGGCCUUUUCUCAUCAGCCAUGUUUAUUGUAACAUGAUUUUUUCAUGUUACUGAUACUUUUAAUUUUUUCUUAAAUAAAUUUUGGGAGUCAUGCUUCUGUAUGUGGUAGUUUGUAUUUUUACAGUUUUACUUUUGACUGGCAAAGGGGCGGGGGAUGGGAUGAAAUAGAAAAUAUAAAGAUGGAUGCUAAAAAAUGAAGUAACAAAUACGAUUCCCUUGCAUUCAAUUUUCUUCCAUUCCUACAUGCCAAACAUGUGAUAGCUUCAAUAAUGCAAUGACUCCUCCUUUAGCA